AACAGAAAAAUAAAGAGGCGUUCUAGCCGGGGAGAUGGCUUUUUGCUGCAUCCUGCCUUGCACACUGUCCGUUUUAAAAACUCUCCUUUCUCCCUGCUUCAAUAGGCUUCUGUGGGAAUAGUUCAACAUGCUGGGUCCAAAGGAAUCCCCCUCAGAAACAAGAGAAAAGGGCUUAAUUUUGACAGAAAGCACUGGAACGGUUUGCUUUCAUUACUGUCCUGCCUAGUUCAGCAGAACACCAAGCUCCGCAGGUUAACACAUUUUCUGUUUUUCUGCUCAGAGAAGUCGAGUCUGGCCACACGGAUGAUGCACUCCAGAGGAAAGACUGUACUGUUAUGGAUCUUCUGUCUCGCUCUCUUCUCAGUAAUAGUCGUUGUUUACUUGGACUGCAGGGAUGGAACAUUGGUGUGGAUGUACAACAACAAAAGCCUAAAAAUCAUCCAGCUGAAAAAUGAAACCGAGCACUGGCUGACCAUGCCGGACUGGUUCAAACCCAGGAACGGAUAUAUCAGUCAAGAACCAAAGGGAAUAUCCUUGCCCAAGUGGUUCAAUCCAAGCGCUCGCGAAGAUGUGCAUACACUGACCACUUGGUCAGCCCCCAUCAUCUGGGAGGGAACAUUUGAGAGAUCAGUCUUGGAGGAUUAUUACAAGGAGCAGAAAGUCACCGUUGGUUUGACAGUUUUUGCCAUUGGGAAGUACCUAGACAAAUAUUUGAAGACCUUUUUGACCUCAGCGAACACCUUCUUCAUGCCUGGUCACAAUGUUAUCUUCUAUAUUGUGGUGGACAACCUCUCAAGAGUCCCUUUAAUCGAGCUGGGUCCCUUACGGACGCUGAAGUUCUUUCAGGUGGAAAAGGAGAGCCGGUGGCAAGACAUCAGUAUGAUGCGAAUGAAAACCAUUGGAAAUCUCAUUGAGAGCCACAUCCGCCAUGAAGUGGAUUUCCUCUUCUGUAUGGAUGUCGACCAGGUCUUUGAGAGCACCUACGGGGUGGAAACUCUUGAUGAGUCAGUGGCCCAACUCCAAGCUUGGUUUUAUAAGGCAAACAGGGAAUCAUUCACUUAUGAGAGGAACCCAGAGUCAGCUGCAUACAUCCCUUAUGCAGAGGGGGACUUCUAUUACCAUGCAGCAGUGUUUGGUGGCACCCCACAGCGUGUCUACAACCUCACCAGGGAAUGCUAUGAAGGUAUCAGACAUGACAAAGAACAUAACUUGGAAGCCAUUUGGCAUGACGAAAGCCACUUAAACAAGUACUACCUCCAGAACAAGCCCAGCAAGGUGUUAUCUCCAGAAUACUGCUGGGAUUAUAAAAUUGGAUGGUCCUUUGACAUUAAGAAUAUAAAGUUAUCCUGGAUGCCCAAAGCAUAUGAAGAAGUCAGAAAUAACUAACUUGUCAGCAUUCCUGAAAGCAAAGCGUGUCGAAUGGUCACCCUGGUCACAGAAUAUGUUUCUUUGGCAGUUUGAAGAAAAGAGAAAAACAUUAGCCGAAGUAUUUUAAUUCAAUAAACUGGGAAGUUCUCCAUCCUUCUUCCAACAAUUAUAAUAUUUGCUCUCAAAAACUGGCAGACACAGAAACAAGAGUUAUGAAUCAAAUAACAUACUGAAAGAUUCUACGAGUUCUUCAAAUAUGGUCUUGGACUUUGUGAGAUAUUUUGGGCAUCCAAAAAUAUUAGCGACCGCUUACUAUUAUAAUUAUGACAUUCAGGUGAUCAGUUCAGGACACAGCGAUGAACUUUUCUGCUCAGUGUGAAGAUAGCAGAAAAGACAGCAAAACCAUAGGCUGUGGACAGCCGUGAGUGAGCCAGGGUGAACAUGGUGAAAUUUUGUAGCUGAUGAUACAGGGACUUUCAAUGCACUCAAACUAUCCAGAUAUUCACUAGAAAUAAAAACUGAGCGCAACAUCCAGAAAACCUGAAAGUAUCCAGAAAACCUGAAAACCUGAAAGAGAAGAUUUGGAUUAUGGGCCAGGGCCAGAAGCAAAUCUGGACCAAUUGUCUAAGCUAGGAUGCCCAAGGUCUACUACUGCAACUGAAGGCUGCAGCUCAGAGGACUGUAGACAAAAAAAAACUCUACCACUAGCAGUCUGCCAAGAGCAGAUGGAUAAGGCAGAUGGAUGGAUAGCAGGCUACUUUGCAUUUAUAUCAGGCCAGACCAGUCCAAAGAUGCCCUACUGCCUGCCAUUUACUGGACUAAGGCUGUAUGCACCCUAUUUCCUUCCAUGCCAAAAGAGGUCUGAGCAACAAUCGCAAAUUCUAAAAGCCAACUGUGUAACGUUGCCAGCCUCCAGGUGGGAAUUCAAGUUCCCCUGGAAUUACAUCUGAUUUCCAGAAUACGGAGAUCAGGGCCCCUGGAGAAAAUGGCAGCUUUGUAGGGUGAACUCUGUGGCAUCCGAUCUCUGCUGAGCUCCCUCCUCUUCCCAAACUCCACUCUCCUCAGGUUCCAUCCCCAAAUCCUCAGGAUUUUCCCAGCCCAGAGUGGCAACCCAACAACUGUGUCAGUCCACCAUGGCGAAAACGAAAAGAGUCUUGUGGAGCCUUAAAGACUAACAGAUUUACUGUGGCAGAAAAACCGGACCUCAUUUUGUCAGAGAUACAAAGUAGUAUCCUCAGAUGGCAGAUACAUAUUCACACAUGGAUGCAAACAGAAGAGAGUGGGAGUCAGAAAGUCCAGAAUUCCAAGAGAUGGGUGUGUCACACUACAUUACCAAGCACCGAUGAAAACAGGAGUUGAAGAUCCAAACAGAGUGGGAGUGGAUCAUUUCCAGGGACAGUUACUUUCUGUAGUGAGCCAGGAUCCAAACUUGCAUAUGAACUUUUCCCUCUUUUGAGUGUGAAGAGGACUCUCUAAAUGACCUACUGCAAGGGGGAGGGGGACUAGCUGUCAUCUCUUUAUGGCCUCAGAGAAGAAGGAAAACAGACUCCGGUGACCUCAAGGGAGAAACCGCUUCGGCUCUGAUGUUCUGUUUGAGACUGAGGGAGGAAAAGGCCUUUUGAUGCUUUAAAACAGACCUGGAGGCAGGAGAGAAGGAACCAGGGCUGUUCCAAACCCACCAAGCCUGCAGCCAUUCACUAUCUGCUUACAGUAAAUGUUUGGCUGUUUCCUGGGUGUUCCAACUGCAGGCAUUUCCUUGGGGGUUUAUGUAUUUCAGAAUCCUACGACACACACGCAAAGUCUGCUACUGGAUGCUGAUUUCAACAUGCUGUCCUGUUUUCUAAAGCAAAUUUCUAGCUCUGAAGGGCAUUUAUUGCAUGGCUUUGUGAGCACCUGGUGGAAUCUCAGAAGCCAGAGGGGUAUUGAGCAAAGUAGAAGCUGAAAUAUGCACAGGCCAGAGCAGUCAACCCACCCCCACCCCCCUUGCUUCAGAAUUGGGUUCCUUGCGAAGCUGCCUUAUACUGAUUCAGUGCUGUCUACCUUGGUCAACAUUGGUUUUUUGCAGCCUUCUAGGCAAAUUCCUUUAAUUGGAAAUGCCAAGAAAUUGGACCUGGGACCUUCUGUAUGCAAAAGGCAUGCCUUGUCAUGGAACUACGGUCCCUCUCCCUGUGGGACACUUUUUCUUGUAAAGAAAAAUCCCUGAAUUAUUAAACAUUGUAGAGGGACAGCUAAAUAGAACACCCAUGUUCGGAGGCAGCCUGAAUUGCAACUGCUAGGUACAGCUAAUAGGGCACGACCAUUUCCAUUGUAGCUUACCCAUGAAGUCCUAACAUCAUCCCACCAGUAGCUGCUGGGAGCUAAAUUCUGGACUAGGUGACUUGUAGGGGAUACGGCAAGUACUGCUUUUAUAUUCUCAGAGCACAGGGGUUUUGAAUUCAUGUUUUGUAUGUGGAAUACUAGAGGUAAGGCAGUCCCAGUGGUUCCCCUAGUCAUGCUGAUUUGGGACCAGCCAAUAUUAGAUGGUUUUACAUCCUCUACUGUGAUCUGCCUCCCACAUAUAUGGUUCCUACUCAAUACACUUGAAGGUAGCGGUCUGCACAGUAUUGGUGCUGUGAAGAUUUAGAGGCCACGGAGCAACCUGUGUCUUGAUCUCCCCCCUGCAAUCUGGUUAAUGUUGCUGUUCUGCAUCGCACCCAGCUCCUGGACAACUUGACCACUGCCAUUUCCCUUGUGGUAGAAUUCUACAACUCCCCAUGGUGUUGGUCAAAACUUCCAGUUCCUCCACCUAGACAUCCUGUCCAUUGCCUCUUUAUACGUUUGAAAACAGCAUACUCCAUGGACUGCUGAACAAUCCAGUAGUAACCUUUCUCUGCACUUUUUCCCUUUUUGGACUUACAUUCCACAACUCAGGCCAGCCCAUUGUAUGAUUUGCUGAACCAAAGAAAGCCCACCAGUCCAUUUUUGGUGGGAUGCAUUCAGGUUGGUGGGCCCCAACGUACUGGACUACCCUCUUGGAGGUUCUGCUCCAGCAGCAAGUUAUUCCUCGUCUCCCUUGUGCAAAAUCCUCUUGAUGCCGGGCAGUUCCUGACACAAGGAUACCUCCUCCCCAAGGAUGCCAGCAAAUGCAAUCUGUCCUUGUCUUGACAGGAAGACAGAUUUGUAAAAAAUAAAGUGAAAUGAGACUUUGAAAGUUCUAAAAUGGACACACAAUUCCUCUUGGAAGAGAUAAUUUUUGUUAAUUUAUUAUUUUUUGUAAAUAUCAAUAAGAUAAUAAACCAAUCCUUAUUUUGGCAA